CUACAGCAACAACACGCAUUCAGUGACACACGUAACCACGAGGGUGCGGGUACUUGCACUGAGUUCUCUUCACCACUGCAUACACUUGUCAAAUGCAACAAUAGUUUGUUUGUCCAAUACAUCUCCCACAUCACAUCUGUUUUUGUUAGCUGACACCCUUGCUGCGGACUUCUGGAAGGCAAUGGGGCAGUGGUUCUCGCGAGCGGGCACGGACACUUACUAUGCGAACUAUGAGAAGUCGUUCGAGCGACUGGAGAAGGACAGCGCAAAGAUAUUGGACCGGAGAGUGAAGCGGCGGAAGCGAAUGGACGCGGUCAGCAAUGUGGGCUUCUGGGCGACGGCGCUGGCCAUCUGCCUGGCGGUGCUUUUGACGGCGUACCUGCAACAAGUGGGCAGCCAGCAGUGGUACAAGAAGAGCGUGACCAUCCUGGCGGCCUUCGCGGUGCCGCUGGUGCUGGCGCUGCUGUCGCGCGGCGUGCUGUGGACGAUGCGCUUCGGCGAGACGCGGGAUGAGCGCUUCCUGCGCAAACUCAUGGACGCGAAGCGGAAGAUGAUCAAGGACCUCAAGGACUCGACACGUUUUGAGAAGACGAUGGCGCUCAUCAAGAAGUAUGACCCGGAUGAGCAGGCUGCAGGCAGCCCGCGUCUCGCAGGCUCAGGUGGACUCCGCCGCCGCCCCAGCACGACCGCCAACGGCGCGGGCGCACCCGGCGCCAACGGCGCCAGCCGCACCCCUAGCAUCGCGCCCACCCCGCGCGCCGGCACCGGCACUCCGGGCGGCAUGCUCAUGCGGCCCGCGGCGGCUGCCGCGUCCGCGGCUGUGUCGGUCGCGGCCGGGACCGGCAAGGCUCUCAUGCCAGUGUUCGAGUCUCUUGCAUCAAACCUGGUGGGCGCCGGCGACAACCCGGUUCUGCUGUACGAGGCAGCGGCGCUGCGGGAUGAGAACAGCGCGCUGAAGGCGCGGUUGGCGGAGAUUGAGGCCAAGCUGGGGCUGCAGGCCGGUGUGCCCGGAACGGAGGAGGAGCAGCCGUCCGCGCCGGCAGCGGGUGGUGUGGACGCCUCGCCGCCGCAGAAGGCGCGGGUGGCGUCUUCCGGGUAGCGGUUCCAUGUCAUAAAUGCUGGUGUGCUUGGCAUCUGUGUCCGUGCAUGUGCGUGAGUUCAGUGGGUGAUUAGGUUCUGGCAAGUGCAUGGGGCCCCGUAAUAUUGACUUGGGAGGGCGUACGGUGGGGGUUGCAGGUGGGGCAGGCUGGGUCAACGGUGCGAGAGAAAGAAGUCUGGCCGCUCUGGCCGACGGCUGAAUGCGAGAAUGUUGUGCGUCGGGAGGAACAGCGAGCCCUGAAUGUGGAAUGGGCCGGGCAGUAAUGAUGCAUAGGCAGGCAGGCCAGGGGAGACAUCACUCUUAGAGGCACAAACCCCUGAAGCAUCUAGCCUGGCUCACGUACCGUUUGUACACUGUGGGCAGCGGUGCAGUUUUGUGACAAUCCAUGCGUACGGCACGAGUGUUACGAUAAGCAGCAGUGCAGCACUGUGCAAGAUGCGCACAAACGAGAGGGCAGGGCAUAUCUGGACGCAGGUGUGCAGCGAGUCAAUCAAGUAUAUGCGGCGGCAGAGUGCUGCGGGCGUGUAAGAAAUGCAGGAG